AUGUCCCACGAAGCCGCCCUCACAUCUUCGGCCGCGCAAGCCAUUGCUCCCGAUCUCUUUCCCCCACGCACUCCUCUCAGCACAGCCCAAAUCGAAGCCAGCAUAACCGCCUGUCUCACCGUACAGCGACGGGCAGUCACCCAAGGAAAACGACCCUUUGCCGCCGUGCUCCUCGGUCCCGACAACGAAACCGUACUCCUCACGCAUCAAAGCAUUGAUCAAGUAAAUCACGCCGAGAGCUCUCUAGCCAAACUCGCAUACUCGCAUUAUACGAAAGAGUAUUUGUGGAGAUGUACGUUGGUUAGUACGUGGGAACCUUGUGCUAUGUGUUCGGCGACGAUUUACUGGGCGCAUAUUGGACGAAUCGUGUAUGCGGCGACGAACGAACAAUUGGCGGGUCUAACGGGCCCCGGCAAUCGAGAGAAUUUCACGUUGAAAUGGCAUACGAGAGAUAUUUUGGAGGGGCAACAAAAGGAUAUUGAGAUUAUUGGGCCGGUGGAGAAGAUGGAUUUGGUGGUUGUGGAGGAGAGUGAUAAAUAUUGGUGUACCACUAGAGCUCGUGCGUGA